UCUCAGUCUCUCAUCUCACUCAGUCUCUCAGUGUCUCAGUCUCUCACUCAGUCAGUCUCUCACUCAGUCAGUCUCUCACUCAGUCAGUCUCUCACUCAGUCAGUCUCUCACUCAGUCAGUCUCUCACUCAGUCAGUCUCUCACUCAGUCAGUCUCUCACUCAGUCAGUCUCUCACUCAGUCAGUCUCUCACUCAGUCAGUCUCUCACUCAGUCUCUCAGUGUCUCAGUCUCUCACUCAGGUCAGUCUCUCACUCAGUCAGUCUCUCACUCAGUCAGUCUCUCACUUCGUCUCUCAGUGUCUCAGUCUCUCACUCAGUCAGUCUCUCACUCAGUCAAUCUCUCAGUCAGUCUCUCACUCAGUCAGUGUCUCACUCAGUGUCUCAGUCAGUCUCUCAGUGCCUCAGUCAGUGUCUCAGUCUCUCAGUCAGUCUCUCAGUCAGUCACUCACUCAGUCUCUCAGUCAGUGUCUCAGUCUCUCAGUCAGUCUCUCAGUCAGUCACUCACUCACGCAGUCUCUCAGUCAGUGUCUCAGUCCCUCAGUCAGUCUCUCAGUCAUUCACUCACUCACGCAGUCUCUCAGUCAGUGUCUCAGUCUCUCACUCACUCAGUCACUCACUCAGUCUCUCAGUCUCUCAGUCAGUGUCUCAGUCAAUCUCUCAGUCUCUUAGUCAGUCUCUCAGUUAGUCUCUCAGUCACUCACUCAGUCAGUCUCUCAUCUCUCAGUCAGUCUCUCAGUCUCUCAGUCAGUCUCUCAGUCAGUCUCUUAGUCAGUCUCUCAGUCAGCCUCUCAGUCUCUCAGUCAGUCUCUCAGUCACCCACUCACUCAGUCAGUCUCUCAUUCAGUCUCUCAGUCAGUCUCUCAGUCACUCACUCAAUCAGUCUCUCAGUCAGUCUCUCAUCUCUCAGUCAGUCUCUCAGUCAUUCACUCACUCACGCAGUCUCUCAGUCAGUGUCUCAAUCUCUCACUCACUCAGUCACUCACUCAGUCUCUCAGUCUCUCAGUCAGUGUCUCAGUCAAUCUCUCAGUCUCUUAGUCAGUCUCUCAGUUAGUCUCUCAGUCACUCACUCAGUCAGUCUCUCAUCUCUCAGUCAGUCUCUCAGUCUCUCAGUCAGUCUCUCAGUCAGUCUCUUAGUCAGUCUCUCAGUCAGCCUCUCAGUCUCUCAGUCAGUCUCUCAGUCAGUCUCUCAGUCACUCACUCAGUCAGUCUCUCAUCUUUCAGUCAGUCUCUCAGUCAGUCUCUCAGUCAGUCUCUUAGUCAGUCUCUCGUCUCUCAGUCAGUCUCUCAGUCACUCUCUCAGUCACCCACUCACUCAGUCAGUCUCUCAGUCAAUCUCUCAGUCAGUCUCUCAGUCACUCACUCAAUCAGUCUCAGUCAGUCUCUCAUCUCUCAGUCAGUCAGUCUCUCGUCUCAGUCAGUCUCUCAGUCAGUCUCUCAGUCACCCACUCACUCAGUCAGUCUCUCAUUCAGUCUCUCAGUCAGUCUCUCAGUCACUCACUCAAUCAGUCUCUCAGUCAGUCUCUCAUCUCUCAGUCAGUCAGUCUCUCGUCUCUCAGUCAGUCUCUCAGUCAGUCUCUCAUCUCAGUCUCUCAGUCACUCACUCAGUCAGUCUCUCAGUCAGUCUCUCAGUCAGUCUCUCAGUCAGUCAGUCUCUCAGUCAGUCUCUCAGUCAGUCUCUAAUAUCAGUCUCUCAGUCACUCAGUUAGUCUCUCAGUCAGUCUCUCAGUCAGUCUCUCAGUCAGUCAGUCUCUCAGUCAGUCUCUCACUCAGUCUCUCAUCUCAGUCUCUCAGUCACUCAGUCAGUCUCUCAGUCAGUCUCUCAUCUCAGUCUCUCAGUCUCUCAGUCAGUCUCUCAGUCACUCACUCAGUCAGUCUCUCAGUCAGUCUCUCGUCUCAGUCUCUCGUCUGUCUCUCUUCUUGUGAUCCCCAUUUAACUCUCUAAAACUUACUAUUGUUAAAGGUGUAUUUUAAACAAAGAUGAAUAUGCAAAGGGAACACAUUUUUAGGAGUCAAUUAAGUGUGGGUCACAAGACCACCCUAUAUGGUACUCUACUACGGUGUUAAAUAAAAAAAAAAUUAAAAUAAUUUUAUUGGCGUUACCAUACAUAAUGUUUAGGGAAGUUUACGAGUAUCUCAUGGUACGGUAUAUGGUGUGGUCAUUGUGACCAGGCAUGUAAUGAUUGACUGACUGACUACCUUUCAAUUCAGAUGACAAUGCAGGGCCGUUAUUGAAAUAUAAUCACCUGAGAGUUCACGUAUAUUGUAGAAUGUUUGGUGGCUGCACCUUUCGCUGGAAACGAUCACACACAACAUUUAGGAAUCCAACAACAUUGUCUCUUCCAUGCGUGAGUCGACGCCACGUGUCAUAAGUGUCAAGAUAUAAUUCAAAAAUCGGGCGUGUGACGUUUCGUGCGUUAUCGUCGCUGUGACAAUUGUUUGAGUGUUAGUGGUAACAACGUUGCGUUCGCAUUCCAUUUAUAGACGUUUUGUUAUAGCGACAUCAGUCAUGAAAUCACACAUUUAGCACGCUCUUACAAGGGGUGACAUCACAGAUUUCAACGCUGACACUUUACAAUUCAGAAUCAGAAUAUUUUCACGAGAGGAAUCUGAUGAGCCAUGCAGGUAUUUUAACAGAUGUCCAGGAGGUAUCUUAGAUUAUGUGGGAAUGAUCUGCAAUCGAACUGGUCAAUUGCCCCAGUGGCAAGCAUACUGACAGCCAGGCUCAUUGUCACAUGAUGCCACCCUGGACAUUCAUCACGUAGGCGUAUUCAUUACAGUUCAGUCCCGUAAUCGAAGCACAUUCGUCAAUUCAUUUUUCAGUACUCGGUAAAUGUAACAUGAUGUGCUGAAAUAUUGGUCUUGGCUUGAUCUUAGAACCUGAUUUAUGAACGUCAUUUCUCAUUUCCCAAACUCUUAUAACACUGCUCGAUUCAAUACACGUUUUAACUCUUAUUACACAUCUGAUAGUGCUGUUACAGGCCGUGUGACGUUUUAAGCCUUUAGGCCUGUGCUGAUUGGCUGUAUUAAAAAAAAAUCUCGAUAUCUUAAUACGCAAUGCUUUGCUACCAAAUGUGUCAUCCUCUGCGAAUUUGAGCGCACCAGCCAAUGUUUGAAAUGCAGAGGAAGUCUCAUUCAUUAAAAAAAAAACCCUCUAUUUGAAAUUGAGAACUUUGUAAAGGUCAUGAGCUGCGUCACUUGUUAUUAAUGCAUGAUGGAAUUAUAGCCGGUGCACUCUCAUCUGCCACCCAACCCAGGAGAUCAAUAUUGAAUAGGUGUAUCGCGUUGAAGGGCCGGUACACGCGUACACAUCAUGAUACUCACAUGGGAGUGUUACUGCAGUCCCUCCAAGUGCAAGACAAGAAACAGUCUGGCACUAUCCAAUUCAUAAUCAACGUUUUUGGGUUUAGAUCGCGUUAUUUAUAAAUGUGUCGUAACCCUCCACCACCCGACACGGCCAAUCAGUAAAAAGUGUCACGUUGACAAAAGACAAAUAGUUCACUGCUUUAGCCCACCGGUGUGUUGAAGCGUGAAACCACGACAUUUACAAUUUGAGUACGACGUUUCGCUGGUAAUUGCAUCCGGCAUCAUCGGGCAAUUCGCCAGAAUGAAUAAUAUUGGUCGCGAAAUCCUACGUGUUAAACUACUCUCCAAGCAGAUUUCUAUCCAAACAUUUACAAAAAAAAUGUUGUCCAACCACAGCCGGUGGAUUGCACUAAACCACUAGGCGGCCCAUUCCAAUUCCUGCUUCUUUAGCUUUUCAUGACAUGUGAAGGUGAACUGCUUGUUUAUUUUGUGUUGCAGGUUAGGCGUUCACGGAUAUGGAUGUUGGUGUUGCCAUGAAGGGUUAGGGCCACAUGCGGCUGUUUAAGGACUUGUUUAGUGACAUUAUUCAUUAAGGAACACCAUCUCGUAUUCACACGCAUUGCGGAGUUUUUUUUACUGAAUUGGGAAAAAAAGGUCUCUUGUUUUGGUUGCUGACCCCUGGGUUCGGGUAAUGGUAGCAUUGCCACCUUUUCCACUACCUAAACAUAUUUCUCGAUCAACCGAUGUAUAUCAGAACUGUGCAGUGCACUGUAAUAAAGUUCGCCAGAAUGCUGGGACCAGAUUCCGGUGCAAGUCAAUUCCUGCCAACCCGAACACAGAUGCCCAAUCCUGGACUGCCUCGGUCGAGCCUGGGCAGGUGGCAACCCUCCUUAGUGGUUUUGGGGCUAGAGUUCGGGGUUAUGGGUUAAGGCUAGGUAGGUGUUUAGCGUUAGAGAUAAGGGUUUGGGUUUGUGCUUAGGGAUGAGGGUUAUUUUCUUAAGCCCACGUGUGGGAACAGCAGUAUCGGUCUCCUCACGUGUUAAAAACACUGCCAAUACAAAACGUGGCCAACCACUCAAAUGCAUGUGAUGUUGUGUAGAGUAUGGCAACAAUGCAUAGGAUGGUGUUCCAUUUGCAUGAAUUGUAUAAUAUAUUAUCCAAGCCCAAUUAUAAAAAAAAAAUAUUUUUGUGGCAGAUGUUCUCAGUUUCGUCUAAAAGGGGUUAUUAUAGAUACGUCAGCAUUGGUGUAGUGUGUGAUAAACUCAUCCAAUCAUUGUCCUGAUUUACGUGACAAUAAUUUUGAAGCAGUUUCUUAAUUUACAAUCCUGUUGGCUUAGCAAGCGCGUUAACUGAGAUGUAAAACGUUUUCACUUCUGUAAGACUUCAUACCAAUGCAACCCAAAACAAUGUAGUAAUUAAUAAAUAUAAAUACAUAUUACGAGAAGUAAAUAUACACUUAUGCAGUGAUGCUGGGGGGGGGGGGAGAUUUAAUUGUGGUGAAAAUGUUUACUUCUUCGACUUUUGCUGAACUCGUGAAGAAAUGUCGAGAGUAUUUUUCGAGUGCAUUCUGUGACUUAUGCAUGUGACAAAGCAUUGCAGUUGCCCGGGGCUUGGAGCGGCAAGGAGUGAUGUGCUAAUGAGAUGGGAUGAGCGGUGUGCGCUCUGAGACUGAGCUGGGCAAAGCUGGGCAUUUGAAUACGGAAACAUUUUCAAGUCUCAAUGGUCUCCCAAGAAAGCCCAAAGCUUUCACUGCCAUCCACGUGUGACCUCUUUCCUUCCGAUACUCAGCGACACUUCUGCAGUGCCGAUGAAUCCGAGCGAUCUCAGCCCAGCGUCACGUGCUCCUGGAAAGACAGCGUCGUCGUAGCGAGUCCGCUCACCCCGAGCGACAACGGCGGGGUCCUCGGCUUCGACGACGAUGGCAGAGCCACUGCCGGCAGAGCUGACGACGAUGCCCAGGCCGAAGCCACCUUGAGAGCGAAGAUGGAACGAUUCUACGGGUCCAUCGCUGAGAACGGCAGGGAAGAGGUGCAAGAGUGUCGACGCCAGCAAGACGAUCCGCAGGCACCGCAGCGCCCACAGCGGCCGCAGCGUCGGACCCCGCGGCAGCUGGGAGAGCAGCCGCCGUGGCCCGCCAUGGAGGAAGGGCCGUACCCCAUCCACGCCUGCCCCUGGGCCGAGACGGCACCGGCGGAGGCCGCGCGGGUGCGCUCGGCGCUGCUGGGAGCUGCGGCCGCCCUCGCCUCGACAGGAGAUCGUCCGUACGCGCUGCGCUCGGUCGCCAUGGCGAGCCUCGUCCUGCGAGCCCACGGCUGUGGCGCCUUCACGACACCGGGGUCGCGCGAUCGCGCCGUGCCCGGCCUGGCAGGCCCCGUCGUAGACUGGGUGCUGGGGGUCUUGGCUUCGCGGGGGAGCGGGGAUGGGGAGUAGAGGGACGCGUCCCAUGGCACACGGGAUUAAGGACUGGGUGAGCAGAAAAUGUCAAAACUGAAGUAUUUUUAUUUCACCAGGCAAGGCCCACUGAGCUAUAUAGCUUCUUUUUCAGAUGCGACCUGGCCACAAAUAAUAGUUCAACGAAGUGGCUUAUCACGUGGAAAUGUAUAGCAGCCAAAUACUCUAAACGUAUGUUUCUAAAUGUGGAGGGGAAAAAACCAGAGGACCUGGAGGGAAAUCCACUCGACCACGGGUAGAGAGACAAGCAAACUCCAAAUAUACAGCAGGCGUCAGGGUUGGGAUAGAACCCACGGCCUCCUGUGUACCUGGCGAGGUAGUUAACAUCUCGCCACCGUGGCCUGCUUGUAUUGUCAAGUUCCCCCUAGAUGAGACGAAGCAGCCGAGGUGGAAAAGGAAAUGCACACAAAGGGGGUGGCGGCAAGCGAAGAUGAUGUGAUGACGUUGGAUUAUAACAAUUGAGUGAGGUUGGCAGCAGCUGAGUCAGCCUAUGGGUAGUCCUGUUCGUAUGUAUGGCUUUCACCUAGCAGGGCUGAAGAGAAGUGGGAGAUAGGUACACAGCUGUCGGCAGUGUUUCUUUACAACCAGGUGAGAACCAUUGAGACGGGCGUGCAAUUCAUCAGAGACCGAGAUAAUACAAUGGAAACGUACUAAAUAUACAGCACUAAUGAAAUAAAGUUAUUGUAUUUUAAUAUUUACAGUAGCUUUGCAUAGUAGCUGCUGGAUGGACGCACCCAUGUGAGUCAUGGGGAGUUGUUUGCCCGGAAAUCAGGUCGCAAGUUCGACAAACACUGCGCCACUGCUGCACAUUACCCAGUGCACAUGGCAGAGUCAGUAAUGCCGAGUCAAAUGGUAGAAUCCUUUGAACAAAGAAUACUGUGGUGAAACGACCAUUUUUAAUCAUCAUAGUGUAUUUUAAUAGUUUUGAUGUAUUUUUAAAUAGUUAAUGAACUUUUUUACACAUUACAUUUGUACAAAAUUGAUAAUGAUGACGAUGAAAAUGUAUUUCCAUAAAGUGUGUAGAUGCAUGAAGGUUGUGUUAGGUGCCCCAUGUAGUUAUAUUUCAACACGAGUGUGAUUUUAAAUCUUUGUGCAUACCUCCACAUUGCGGCCCCCACCUCGACGGACGUCACCUGCCCUGGGAUUCCUCGGAUGCUCCGAGCUCGGUGCUGACCCUGGUCGCCGACCACGGGAAGCCGAUAAUGCCACGGGGCAGGCGGCUCACGGCCUCAUUUCGUGACCGAUACAAAACACGCACCUUGAUUUACCGUGAGAGCCGGGCGCUGGUGGAAGAGGCCGGGUGACCCUGAUGGAUGUCUAAUUGCUUCAUCGGGUGAACAAGUGGAGCGUGAUUGAAAUGCUGUCGUGCACCGCCCACACACUCUCCAUCGUUGUUCGGUUUUGUGCCGGCAGAAGAUAAUACCGCUGCAAGCUCUUUUAUUGCAUUAAUGCGACGAUUUUAGAUAACGUGUUCCAAGUGAAGCAAGCUCUGCAUAUCUCAGUCGUGGUCGAUAAUGAUGAUAUUUUUACGAUUAUAUUAAUUUUACGGCUGUUACGAUGAUGUGAAUUUGCAGGAAGCGUCCUUUUGCUCGUAAUGAAUUGAUGUAAUGUAUUUUCCACUGCUUUGUAAUGAAAUAGCUUCGAUUAGCCCAGGCUACACAAAACGCAUGUGCGCUGUAAUAUACAUGCAUGGCUAAACAUGCGCAGUGUCGAUGUCUUGUUGGCUACACAUAUGUUUGGAAAUUAAUAAAUUGAUGCAUGCAUAUACACCGUG